CGGGCAGGCGAGCGGCGAGCCGCGCGCAGAACGGCUGGAGCGACCCGGGCGAAGGGAAGCGAAGGGGAGCCGCAGCCGGCAGCGCGCCUUUCCGCCGGAGCCGGCAUGGAGCCCAACAGUCCCCGCAAGAUCCAGUUCACCGUGCCGCUGCUGGAGCCUCAUCUGGACCCGGAGGCGGCGGAGCAGAUCCGAAGACGUCGCCCGACCCCAGCCACCUUGGUAUUGAGCAGUGACCAGUCCUCGCCAGAAAUUGAUGAAGACUGGCUCCCCAACCCUCUGUUGAAGCCAGGCCUGUCGAUGUCUCCAAGGCAGAGGAAGAAGGUCUCCCGCACCACCCCCACCAUGAAAGAGCUCCAAAUGAUGGUUGAACACCACCUUUGCCAGCAGCAGGGGGACGAGGAAGAUGUCAGCACCGGGAGCCAGGAGACGCACAGUCCGAGCUGCUGCCCCCAUCCCAACUCAGACCCGGGCCGCAGUCCUGGGAGUUGCCCCUUGGCCAAGGUUCAUGCCCAGCCAGAAGAACAAGGAAAAAUCACAGGCGGCUGCUGCUCAGAGAGACCUGGCAAUGCAAGGCCAGAGUUGCCCUCAGAGACGGAAGAGGUCCAUAUACCACCGAAGGAGAAGGAUGGGCUGGCCAAAGAGUGAUGCAGUGAGCCGCUUCUGAACGCAGACAGACAGGGCUGGUGCCCGCCUGAUGGAAUACCACACAGCUGUUUUCUUCUUUUUUAAAAAAACAAUUGUUUUUUUUUUAAAUAUUUCAAUGGAUGUUCAGAUGUUUGUAAUCUUUUCUUUUUUUAAAAAAAAAAAAAGAUCACACAGCCCAAGGGCAAGGUUGUAUGUAAGUAGGAUGUGAUUAAUCCUUGGCUAGUAGGGUUGUCUUUAUUUUAUUUUUUUAAUCAGAGAUGGAAGCGCCCCAUAACACUGGUCUCCUUUUCACAAACGGCAAACGGAGGCCUGCUAAUUGGACUGUACAGGAGGAACUCACAAGGAUUGGAUAUGUCUCCCCGUCAAAAAAAAAAAAAAAUCUCCACAUAGAAAACUAGGACGAAGAACUGUGGUCCAGUUGUUUGUUCUAUGUGCAAGAACAUCGGAGGAGGGGGCAUACGGUCACCAAAGCCCCCAGCUGCAGUCUGAAGUGACUCAACCUAGCAACCGGUUUCCAGCUGCCAUCUGUGAGAACUAGGCCUGGAACCGUCCAUUUCACAAGGCCUCGUUUUCCAACGAGGUAUGGUGGCCGUGCUUUUCGUAGCUACGUCCUCAUUCCCAUCUCUUAGAUCGCUUUCUGCUCCUGCCCCAGCUUGUUCUUGUUGGGACAAUCCAUGCCACUUCCCACAGUGCCUUGGGAGGAACCAAGGAUUGCGAAUAGCAGGAAAAGGGUGGUAACAGGACGCCACUGCCCUCUAAUUAAUGCUACCUUAAUUAAUGGACACUGUCAGUGGAAGGGGGCUUCGGUAGGCCUUGAGCUCUACCCAUUGCUAUGGUUACUCUUUUCUUCGUAAACCGUUCCUGUGGGUUGAGACGGGUCAGGAUGAACGAGAGGGUCUUCUUGUCCCUUUACUCCCCACAACUUUGGCAAAUGGUGCUCUACAGCAAUGCCUUUGGGGAAUGAAAAAAAAACCAAUAGGUUUCCUCCUUUUGAAGCCGUAUAUGUAUAGGUAUUCCUGUUCUCUAGGUUAUAAUAGGAGUGCUCCUUUUUAUAGUAUGGUAACGAGCGCUUGAAAUAUCUGCCUCUUCAGGCUGGUCAGGUUACGACUGUCUUUCAUUCCCACCCACCCCAUCCGUAGAAGAAAACCUGGUCAAUGCUGUCCGUAUGCAGUAGGGGAACUGUUUCGGACAGGGCCUGCGUGGGAACUGCACAGCAGAAAUGUAUGUAUGUUGAGGGAUCUGGCAAAUAAUUAGCCCAUGUUGUAUAGGGUGGUGCAUUAAACCGGAACCCACGUGC